AUGGCCAACGCUGACCGCGGUCAUCAGGUUGGCGGCCGCGGCAGCGCUGUCAAAGAGGGUGUCGGCGAAGAGGAAAGCAUCAGCGGCAGUCGCUCGCCCAAGCAGCAGGCUGUUGGGUCUCAAACCAACGAUGAGGCCACGGGCCCCAGCAGCGCGCGUGUGCGCGGCGGCGGCGGCGGGCGCAGCAGCGCACGGCGUCAGCGAACCGGCGGCAGAGGCAGAACGGGGGCCAGCGGCGGCGGCGGCGGCCCAGCAGCGGACAGCGAUGGAGGCGACGACGACGGCGCCGGCGCGUCAGGCGGGGACGGGGAUGAGCGCGUGCGGCGGCGGCGGGAGAUCAACCGCAACAGCCAGAAGCGCAUCAGGGAGCGGCGCGGCAAGGAGCUGGACGAGCUGCGGCUGGAGGCCCAGCGCCUGUCGUCCGAGAACGAGGCGCUGCUGGGUCAGGUGGAGGCGCUGACGCUGGCGCGCGCGGAGGUGCUGCGGCAGGUGCAGGACCUCACGGACAAGUGGCAGCAGAGCAUCGCGGAGAACGCGUGA